AUGAGUGAAGAACAGGACCCGCUUUUGGCGGCUUUGCAGCAAGGCGCGGGACCAGAAGAGUCAACUGGACAAGGACAGAAUAGCGAGGACAGAAGAGAGGUAGAGGUGGAUCCUGCUGUAGAAGCACGCAACAAAGCACUAGCGAGCUUCAAAAAAAAGCUUAUGGAACAUAGAAGAUAUGAUGAUCAGCUUAAACAGCGUCGGCAAGGGAUACGAGAUCUCGAAAAGGAAUAUGAAAAAACGGAAAACGAUAUCAAAGCAUUGCAGAGCAUUGGCCAACUGGUUGGUGAAGUUAUGAAGGAGUUGUCAGAGGAAAAAUAUAUAGUCAAAGCAUCUUCGGGUCCAAGAUACAUCGUGGGGGUCAGAAACUCUGUGGAGCGGUCUAAACUGAAAAAGGGCGUAAGAGUCACUCUGGACAUAACAACGUUGACGAUCAUGCGGAUUUUACCGCGGGAAACCGACCCUCUCGUGUACAAUAUGACCACAUUCGAACAAGGCGAGGUGACUUUUGAUGGUAUUGGCGGCCUUUCCGAGCAGAUUAGAGAGCUCAGAGAAGUCAUCGAAUUGCCCCUUAAGAACCCAGAAAUUUUCCAAAGAGUAGGUAUUCAGUCCCCAAAGGGUGUCCUUCUGUAUGGACCACCAGGUACCGGUAAGACUCUACUGGCAAAAGCAGUUGCCGCCACCAUUGGCGCGAAUUUCAUCUUCUCACCUGCUUCCGGUAUUGUUGACAAAUAUAUUGGGGAAUCUGCUCGUAUCAUUCGUGAAAUGUUUGCUUAUGCCAAGGAACAUGAGCCCUGCAUUAUAUUCAUGGAUGAAGUGGAUGCCAUUGGAGGGCGCAGAUUCAGUGAGGGUACUUCGGCCGACCGUGAAAUUCAAAGAACGCUGAUGGAACUUUUGACGCAAAUGGACGGAUUUGAUAAUUUGGGCCAGACAAAAGUCAUAAUGGCUACCAAUAGACCCGACACUUUGGAUCCGGCAUUGCUUAGACCCGGUAGACUAGAUCGGAAAAUCGAAAUCAACUUACCCAACGAAACUGGAAGACUAGAAAUUUUUAAGAUUCAUACAGCGGGCGUGAAGAAGACAGGAGAGUUCGAUUUCGAAGCUGCUGUCAAAAUGAGCGAUGGUUUUAACGGUGCUGAUAUUCGCAAUUGUGUUACUGAAGCAGGCUUCUUUGCCAUCAGAGACGACAGAGACCAUAUCACGCAAGAUGAUUUGAUGAAGGCCGUCAGAAAGGUUGCGGAGUCCAAAAAACUGGAAAGCAAGAUCGAAUAUCAAAAAUUGUGA